AUGUCUCCUUCCAUUGCUCUCAUCCGUCUAAGCAGUAUGACCGCUUGUCAGAACAUGUGUGGUGAAGCCCCCCCGCAGGUUCUGCCCCUCACAUUCUCGCUGGAGGAUCUGUUCCAGGCGCUUACUCUCAUCACUGGCUGCGACUUUGAUGAAGCGUGGCAUAUGGUCAUCCAGCAGCUCAUAGCCAAUGAGGCUGCAGAGGACGCAUGA